AUGGUGGAAGAUAUCAAGACUUGGGCAAAAGGAAAAAAUUGGUCCUUCUUCAUCUGGACUGAUAGAAUGAAGAACAAGGCUGCUCACUGGUUGGCUUCCUAUAGUAUCAAUAGUUGUUCUUCUGUUUGGUUGGGUUGUAUUCCGCCUGAGUUUGAUUCUGUUUUGUGUAAAGAUUUGUUCUAUUGUACCAGCUUCUACAUAAAGGCCAUAGGAGCUCCAGUGCUGUCAGGAGUGCCAACACCAGUGGCAUUUGGCCAUCCCUGCGUAAUAAGUCGGCUCUGUUGCUACUUGCUGCCCUGGAUGCAGCAUGCUCGGGAUUUUCGGACUCUUCCUUCCUUUGUACAACCCUGUCUACGUAGCUAUGAAAUCGGCAGAUAUGGUUUUCCUGGGCAUUCUCAAAGUUAUCAACUUGGUGAUUAUGGUCUGGUUUUUCGAAUUCCUGUUCUUGAUCCGCUUAUCGGCAGUUAUGGUCCUAUUGUUAGAGAAGAUCAGAUCCGCCAAAUGAAGAUCGACUGGGCUUCUGGAGGUGUUUAUAUGUCUCUUGUUGGUCUAGCUAUCCAUCACUUUAAGCUUUCGGGAAUUGAACUGACCUAUCAUUCCGUAGGUGGCGCAAGGUGUCAGAGAUAUUCUCAGGAACUGUUUGUACAUCCAGAUGGCAUAAUUGCAACUUCUGCUAGUUGCUUAAAACCUCUCAAAAGCACCAAAUUCGAGAUUAGUGUCAAGCUUUUGCACAGUAGAACUCCGUAUAAGGGUGUCUUGUUGGAAGCUGAUUUUUGCUCUGAUAUAGCUUUUGUAAAGAUUAUAUCUGGUGACCGACAAACCGCAGUGACUUUUGGAAAGUUGGAUUCCAGGCGAGAAAAUUCGGUGCUGGCUGCUGGCUGUGUACCGAUGUAUUUCGGUUGGGAUGAUGUAACAUCUGAUUAUAAACUAGGUUAUCUCAGCAUUGACCAAGAGAUGGAAAACACCGAGUCUCGGAAUGAAAGAACAUCUGGGCAGUUGAUAAAAGCGGAAGUUCUGAAUGUUGGAAGAUCUUGUAUUGUGGGACCUCUUGUCAAUCUGGAAGGAGAAUUUUUUGGCAUCAUUCACAAGGUUGGCCGACAUAUUGAAGCCACACCAAUCGAUGAUGUUUUCAAGUAUCUGGAGCACUUGAAGAAACACGGGGAACAUGCAAAAGAGCCGUCAUCCACGAGUGAGUGAUUCCAGAAGCUACAGCUCAACUUCGACGGUCAAAUAAAUGCAAAUCAAAUUGCUACUUGUCAAGUGAUGAGGAGGUAUGUUUUUAGUACUUUUUUCCCUGGCCUACGGUAAUGUUUGCUAAGACUCCUGGUGUAGUUCUUGGUAUGUGUGUUUAUAUUACAACUUGAUGUUUCAAAUUACAACAAAUUAAUCUCUCUCUUUUUGACUUUUGAUUUACUUGAAUAACUUCAAUCUCUUUCACUGCUUUUGAUUCACUUGCAACUUGGUAAUGUCACUUGCGGUCGCUGCAGCUUUCUUGGAUUUUACAUCCAAUUUUCCAAACAAAAACUCUUCUUUUGUUGGCUCCAAGCAUGUGUAAUUGGGGAAAAUGGGUCCAACUUCUACCUCAUUUGUGAACUCAUCUGCAACAACAAAAUGCAAAUGCAAAUGGUUCCCCUCAAGAUUAGCCCAAAACAGUUUUUUCAAAUGAAAUGCAUGAGAUGAAUGUAUAAAAUGUAACUAAAGGGUA